AUGUCCACACCGGCCACACCCCAGCAACCCGGAGCACCCUCCACCCUCCGCCAAAAACUCGCCAGCAACGACUUUGGCCUGCCAAUAUUUCUCGUCCUUGUCUUGAUUGCGUUCAACAAGUUGGUCACUUCUUACGAAAUGGAUUUUGCUGUCAGAGCAUGGCUUUGGAUAACCAAUAUUGGAGCUGUUAUGGUUAUUGUGGGUAUGUGCGGUGCGAGGGUGACUAAGGCCCAAGGAUGA